AGUGGGUUUUGCACUAAACGUGAUGAACGCCGACGCGCCACCGCUGCUCUGCCGUUGCCCGCGUAAAGAUGAGUGCCAGUGCGAAAGAAUGGUUUAGAAACGAGGUUUAUUUUUGGAGGUGCCUUCAUUUCGCCAAGAAUCUGCUGCUUCUUCAGGCGCUGCUAACUCCCGUGGCGCUCAUCGUGCUCCAGUUCAGCGUGUGGCACCCCCUCCAAGGCCCAUAUCAAUGGCUAACAUCCUACAUGACAGCCUCCACCCUUUGGUACCACCUUCUGUCCAUCAUGGCCACACUGGUACUUUCACUGUACCACAUUGCCAAUGUUGAAGUUGCCCUGACGGUCCACGCCAGCCGGCUGAGGCAGCUCUGGCAGUACGCCAACCCCAGGAGCCUGGCCCACGCGGUGCUUCACGCUUUCCUCGGCGGAGUCGCGGUCCGGGCCCUUCUGGGGCUGUCUCAGGGACGCUACUCUGAACUGGUCGUUGGCUGCGGCGGCGCCGAGAGGCAUCGGUGUCUGAACGAAGGGCACACAUUCCUGGUCCUGCACGGCGUGUUCACGGGGGUCUUGCUCCACCUCCGCCGCCUCUCCGGCAGACAACACUGCCUCUUGUUCCCCGUCAUCCAGCUCAAGUUUGCAAACGCCCGCUCGCAAGUGAAUCUGGUGUUCCGCAAGGCCGUGCUGGACUGCCUCAAGAGCUGCUACGUUUUCUACGGACUGUACUACCUCCUCGGAUCGAUCCCAAAGGGCUGGAUUUCCUACAAUCUGGGACUGGAUAUGUGGGCUGAGGGGAGCCUUCAGUCCCUGGGCGUCCUCUUGGACCUGGGCCUGCUGUGGGCCGUCGUGUGCACCGGCGCCACCUUGAGGGCUGUCGAGGAACUGGCCCUGUACCUGCGAGACGUCUGCUUCACGGAGCGCCUGCAGUUCCCUGUUGGGGUGCAGUAUGAGGCAGAGAGGGUGAAGCAGCUGGUCCAGGCCAUGGGUUCCCAGGACUGCCCUCUCCUGCACUGUCUGGCCUUCCUGGACUUGCGACAUCUUGCCGAGUACUCUCCCAAGAGAAGGGCCCAGGUGUUUGCAAUCAGUACGCCCGGUGGCCACCCCCUGCAUUGGAAUGCCCUCUGCGAGACGUGCCUGGGAUUGGUGCGCAGCUUCUCGAAGGCGCUCAGCGACACAGAGGCACCGCCCCCUCUGAAAGCCACGCCCACCUUCGCAACACAGCCUGCAUUGCCGUCGGCACCGAACGAGUCAUUGGCACGGAUGCGCAAGCUGGUUCCAGAACGUCAGCCUCCAGGGACAAUGAUGAGCCCUCUGUCGCCAGGUGCCCCGAAGCCACCGGUGGUCGAGCCCCCCCUUCUUGUCAAGGCAGUGGAGGCGCUGAAGAAGAAGCCGAUCGUGGCCUACUUUGUGGCAGAGCUUCCGGAAGUGAAGAGCCGGACGUUGUUCGCCCAGUGCCAGCCCCUUAUCUGGGCCAUCGAAGGGCUGUGCCUGCUGGUGUGUGCUUCCUACAAGGAGGACAAGUAUGGGGUGGUGCAGGCCACGCUCCCCGACAUCCUGGCCACACUUUUGGACACGGAGCAGGUGUUGGAGAAGCACCUGAAGCGCUGUGCCAGUUUACGGCGAACAGCCAACGCUGGUACGAGUCGCGAAGUGUUGCUGCGAAGGUCGCUGGCAGCGUCAUUGUCUUCGGGGCUCUACCAGAUCGCAUGCACGUUCAACAAGCAUCUGGGGGGCUUGAAUCUUGCCGAGGAGCAGAGGAGGAGGCUCAAGCAGUUUGUCGACUUCAACCGAUAGCAUCAGUUGCCACUGCGAUCGUUGCAGUUGCUGUUUUUGUGUUCAUCAUUGUCACUUUCAAAUGGCAUUGUUUUAGAGUGAAUGAAGUCACCUCAAUCAUUUGUCUCUUGAGUGAUGUUGAAGCAGUUUGUAUGUGUGUUUGUGGAACCCAGAAUAAAUGUGUUCUGUAUGUGGUUGAA